AUGAAUGGAAGAGGCUUCGUGAAGAAGCUACUCCGGCAGCCACCCUCGACCUCUGCCAACGAACACGCCGACUCGACUGCGCCCGAGUCCGCGCGACUUCGACCCAGCGCAUCGCAACAUACCGUCUUCUCUGCAGGCGCUCCCAUUACAUGCCUUGCCCGGUCUCCAGAUGGAUCGCGGGUUGUUGUAGCUGGCGCGAAGAUCUUUAAGGUCCUGAAGGUCGAGGGCGCAACGGUCACGGAGGAGCUUGAUCUGCGGGCAAUCAUUGUUGCUUAUGCGGCCAGCCACGAUCCCUCGGCUGCGACGCCCGAGCAGCUCAACAUUCGAGACGUCCAGUGGUCAUAUGGUGAUCUGGACACAUACAUCAUUACGGCGUGUGGGAAUGGACGGAUUACCGUGUACGAUCUUAAUCGGGUGCAUGAAGGUCUCGAGGUGGCGCGCAUACAGGAACAUACCCGACAGGUUCAUAAACUCGACAUUAGCCCGUUCAGGAGCCAUUGGCUGCUAUCUGCAAGUCAAGAUGGUACUGUCCGGAGUUUUGAUCUAAAACAGAUCCUCCAGGGACGGUCAGGUCCGAUGGUCAAGCCAUGGAAGGUUUUCAAAUGUAAUGCGGAUGCCGUGCGCGAUGUGAAAUGGUCACCGACAGACGGAACGGAGUUCGCAUGCUGUACCGAUGCUGGUGUUAUCCAGAAGUGGGAUUUCCGGGAUUAUCAGAGAGCGACGGCUCCAGUGCUGAAACUAACAGCUCACACGAGCGCAUGUUCUUCAAUAUCUUGGCAUCCUGACGGUGAGACUCUGAUCAGUGGUGGUGUCGACCAGCUGUGUCAUGUAUGGGACCUGUCGAAGAAGGCUGAGAGGAACCAGAAGCCGAAAUUCACUUUCGCCACGCCUGCGCCAAUCUCCCGCGUCACCUGGCGGCCGGCCUGCUGGUCUGCUACUGCUCAGGGCAGAAGAGCGGCACAGGUGACGAUUGCAUAUGAUGACUUUAACUCGGGGCGGUUCCAGACGUCAAGCGUUCAUGUUUGGGAUCUUGCUAGAAGUACGUUACCGUUCAAGGAGAUUGAGGAAUGGGACAGCGCGCCAACUGGCCUCGUCUGGAAUACUCGGGAUCUUCUGUGGAGUGUAGAUAAGGAUGGCCAUUUCAUACAGACCGACGUUGCCUUUGUGCCGCAACUUAUCGACCGCCGAGGUCUCUCAACAUUUGCUUUCGCCCCAACGGGAUUUCUUAUGAUGUUUAUGGAAGAGCGACAAGCUCCACCCCGCCCUCGGCCUUCUAUCGCAUCGCCGGAUUCAUCUCCUGGAUUCGAUCAUACAGGCAGUGGACCACUGUUGAGCGUCAGCCGAAGCGACUCCGAAGAAGACGUUGUAGGUAGCUUUUUAGGUCCCAGAAAGGGAAAAGGCCAUCGGAGAAGGCACAGUGGACGAGGACAAUCGUUGAGCGUAACUCCACCAACGAGUACAGGACUGGCGGACAGAAAAAUCAUGUCUCUGGAAGACGCUGUGAGGAUUACUGGAGUAUACGAACCGAUCCAAGUCAAGGCCUAUGGUCGUUUACCAGAACCCAUCAUGAAGGCCAGGCCCCCGAUCUAUCAGUUUAUUAGCAAUUGCUACUUGCAACUGCUAGACAAAAGCUUGUUCCCUGAUCUGCACGCGCGGCCAAUGGAUUUCCGUGUGCCCAAGAUCAUCAAGUGCUAUGCUGAGUAUGCAGAGGGUGUUGGCCAGUUUCGCUUAGCUCAGUCUUGGCGGGUACUUGCCUUCCUCAUGCACCGUCUUCUUACCGAUCGAGCAGAAUAUCAUCGACAAGAGAGACUGACAGCUAAGAUGCAACUGUCUGGCGAUCAGCAGGCAGAAACAUUCCCAAGCGAGUCGAUAGCACAAACAGACCGGGGAGACCGAGGACAGGACACACCCAGAAGAUCACCACGGCAGCAGCUCCCUCAAGAGGGUCCCUUGCACAGGCACGGAAUCUCUAUCAUCCAUGAAGACCUCGAGAGUACCUCGAAUGUCGCCACACCUUUGGCUCGUCCCGUGCGCGACCACAGUGUGGACCAGACGAGACCGACGAGGCAUGUUUCAAGCAAAGUUGAUGACGAUGAGCUGAAGCUCCCCGAAGCUGCUCAUCCCCCCAUACCAAGCCCAAUUCCUGCUGCUUCUACAAGAAUAUCGCCCAAUCAUUCGUCAUCUAGCAUGGAAGGCUACGACUUCUACGGCGCUGAACAACCCUUAUCUGCAACUGACUACGUUGCUCCUCCUAGGAAGGUACCUCUGCGUCUGGAUUACCAUCAGCAGACGCAAGAACGCCCUAGAAUUCAACCGCAGCGUCACGACUCGGAGGAAAGUUUUCAGAUGUUUUCGACUUCCUGCGACUCUCACGCAAGUAAAUUCCUGGGCUCAUCAGACAGUGAUGUGCAAAGCGUCAACAAGGGAGAUGGUCGAGACCUCCGGGAGCGGAUGUCGACUUGGGAAAAUCGCCGUGAUUCAAAUCUGAGACAUCACCCAAGUCUUGAUUCCGAUGUUGUCGCCGAAGGAAGUUCUCCAGGCCAUCUCACUCCAGGAUCGCAGGAUAUCAGACGAGGUACCAGAAGCGAUCUUACAUAUAAUCCAGCCGAGCCACCGUUAUUUCGGCUACACGAAGCUUCAGCCCCAAAAGUUGACGAAACCACACCUGUCAAGAACCAGUAUCAAGGCGAAGAUGUUCCAAUCAGUCCUAUCAUAUCCAAGCCCCCAUCUGCGAGACGUUCCGAGGACCCUAACAUCAUCGAGAGUGAUUUCUACCCUUGGCUCGGAGACCCACUUUUCCUCAUCGGGCCCAUGGAUCCCAACCACAUAGUUCCAAGCUUCCUCGAAUUCGAGCUCCAAACCGGUGUUCUAAACGCAGCAGCCAUAGUCCUCCUCCUCCGUCCGCUCCUCGUCCCUGAUGCCAUCGACAGCAUCCAAGCCGAGGCAAUCAUGCGACAAUACCACCACCGACUUAUGAGCAUGAAACUCUUCCAAGAAGCAGCCAUGCUCCGCAACCUGUGCGUGCCCCUCUACCCGUCCGUCUUCUCGCUCGCACAAGAGAACGUCACGCUGGGAUUCUUCUGCACGGACUGCGACAAGCCGGUGGAAAACGACCCGUUGAUCGCAGGCUCGAUGUGGAAGUGUCCCCGCUGCAGGAAGUACAUGGACCCAUGCCCCAUCUGCCUCUCUCGCGCGGCUCCCGCCGACGACGACUCCGAACGCGGGGAGGCUGUUUCCCAAGGCGCGUUCUCUGCCAUCAGCAACUGGUGGUACUGUCCCGGCUGCGGCCACGGCGGACACGGUAUCUGCAUGAGCGCCUGGCACGCCGACGAGGGGACCGCGCGCUCUGGCGGCUGUUGUCCCGUAGAGGGAUGCCUGCAUCCCUGUCUGCCGGGCGAGUGGAGGGAGACUCGCGCGGCGGAGAAGCGAGCCGCCAAGGCGAAGGAGAUGGAUCUGGCCGUGAGGGAGAAUGCCUGGCAGAGCAGGGGUGGUGCGGCGGGGAGCCGAGGGGCCGGCAUGGUGAUCCGGAGGGAUGGGAUCGAGGCUAAGCAGAGUGAGGCUGUGGAAGGCGUGAGGGUUGCCUUGGGGGCCUUGGGCUUGGAGAGGAAGAAGAGUGCUAGGCUGCUUGUGCCGAGGGAGGAUGCCAAUCCGGAUAGGGAGCGGGAGCGAGAGCGAGAGCGAGAGCGAGAGAGGGGGGCGGAUAGUGCUAAGUAA